AUGGGACCCACGAAGGUGAAGAAAGCACACGGUCCCGAUGAAAUUCCCAACAUCAUUCUCAAAGAGGCCAAAGAUGAGAUUGCUCCAGUUCUGACUGCAAUAUUUCAGAAAUCCCUAGAUGAAGGUGACAUCCCACUUGAUUGGGAGCAUGGAUUUCGGAAACUCCGAAGCUGUGAGAGUCAGCUCAUUCUUACGAUAGAAGACCUUAUACGAUCAUUCGACCAGGGUACUCAACAGGACGUCAUGAUUCUCGACUUCAGCAAGGCUUUUGAUAAGGUAAUCACCAAGACCAACUUCCAUCGUAUGACUGCAACUGCUCUAAUUGGUCGUUCUGGCACUAUCACCAUCGCAGGCAACGAUAGCCCUGCGCAUGGGAAACCUUAUUAUGCCUUCUACCCGGUCUUCCGACACGGAUCGUCUAUUACGAUCCUCCAUUCAGGUGAAAUUACAGUCAGAGCCCGAUCUGAAGCCAACAUCAUUGAAGCCAUAAAGCACAUAUACCCCUUGGUUGAAGCUCAUCAAAAGCCACUCACCGAGGAUAUCAUACAGAAGAGACUAGCCAGGAAUCGCAUAAGAGAUGAAAUUAACGAGGAUGAGGAAGAGAUCACUGACGCCGAAGACGAGGGCGCCGGAGACGAGGGCACCGAAGACGAGGACUUCGGAGACGAGGACGCCGGAGACGAGGACGCCGAAGACGAGGGCGCCGGAGACGAGGGCGCCGGAGACGAGGGCGCCGGAGACGAGGGCGCCGGAGACGAGGGCGUCGAAGACGAGGACACCAAAGACGAGGACUUCUUAGACGAGGACUUCGGAGACGAGGACGCCGAAGACGAGGACGCCGCAGACAGUGACAGUACUUUAUUGAAAUAUGAUUUCAAAUAA